UUUGUUACAUAUCUAUAUGCAUAUUUUUUUAUAUAAAUAUGUUGCUAAAUUUAAGUAUUUUAACACUAAAUGUUUGGUAUGUAAUUUGGUAAAUGUAUAGAUUAGGGCCCCCAACGAAGGAGCCCUCAAAAAUUAAUAUGUUUUUAAAUUGUCUUAUUUUAACGCGAAGAUUACAAAUCCGUGAAGUGAAAGUGAAUUUUUUCAUUAAUUUAUGUAUAUACAUACAUAAAUAAAAAUAUAUUUCAAGUGUGUUAAACAUAUUUUUCAAGUAAUUUAUAUGUAGUUGUAGCGGCAGAAUGCUGCAGAAUUCAGAUCACUAAGCUCUAAUUACAAGGGGAAUUCCUUUUCCUUUUAUUUCAAAGGACCGUGAAGCACGAAUAGCCGCAAUCGGCUUAGAACUUAGUUCAGGCAAAUAUGAUAUAGUUUCUCUACAAGAAGUUUGGUCUCGUAAAGAUUGCGAAACAUUGAAAAACGCUACGGAGCUAGUAUUACCAUACGCUCACUAUUUUUACAGUGGUGUUAUGGGUUCAGGUCUCCUGGUAUUGUCUAAAUACCCUAUUUUAAGCUCUUUCUUUCAUCCUUGGAGUGUUAAUGGUUAUUUUCAUCGUAUUCAGCAUGCUGAUUGGUUUGGGGGCAAAGGAGUUGGUUUAUGUAGAAUCCUCGUGGAUAAGCAUGUAAUACAUCUGUACAAUACUCAUCUGCAUGCGGAAUAUAAUAACAACAAUGAUGAUUACAAAACUCAUCGAGUAAUUCAGGCUUUUGAUACAGCACAGUUUAUACGUGCAACAAGAGGUGACUCUGUUUUACAAGUUCUUGCUGGAGACUUAAAUGCUCAACCUCACGAUUUAACAUACAAGGUUCUUUUGUAUACAUCAAAAAUGCAGGAUUGUUGCAAUUCUAAAAAUAUUGUAACAAAUGAGUAUCAAAGAAAUUCGUAUACUGCUUCUAAUACUUCUAACAAAAUGUCAGCUGGAGUUCAUAUUGAUCAUAUUUUCGCAAGAAGUCCUGAAAAUAUUGCUCUUUCUAUUAUUGACUAUGGGCUGCCAUUGACUGAACCUGUACCUGGUCAAAAUUUCAGCUAUUCCGACCACGAAGCUGUAUUAGCAAAGCUGCAAUUAAGAGAUGCUGAACAUAAUAUUGGGGAGGGGGCAUGUACUGUUGUUACUUCUAUAAAUAAAGAGCAUCAUAUUAGCGAAGAAGCGUUUAAAACUGACGGAUGUCUUAUAUCGAGACGUGUAGCUGUUUUGCAUGAAUCGAUAUCGUUAUGUGAAACGUCACUAGACCAACUGAAUACAGAUCGCAUAUUUUACUACAGUGUCGCCGUUAUUCUUGCGUUUAUUUUAGUAGUUUUCUUAGAAUAUCCAUCUCCUUUAGGAUUUAGAACAUUGUACAUAAUAUUGAAACUCCUAAUAUCAGGUGGUUUAUUAUUUUGUAUUUUCAUGGGAUCUGUGUGGAAUUACAUGGAAUGGAAUGGAGUACUAUCUGGAAAAGUAGCCAUGGAGUUAAUGUUGCGGUCCAUUGAAGUUUUUGAAAACGUACCAAAGAAUUGAAACUAAUGUGUUCGUAAUCUAUUGGUUGAAACUAUAUUUGAAAGACAUAUUCAUUUAUUCCAACUACAUAAAUAAGCUCAAAAUGCAUUUAUUAUUGAAUUACUUAUAUUACUUUGGUUCUCAUAACGUAAACGUAUGUAUAUAUAUGUACCUAAGUACAAUGAAUAAAAUAGAUACUUAACUGUAUAUUCUACUAUACUUAGUAUAUCUUGAAACAGCAGAGGGCUUGCGUUUUUAGAAUCUUGUUACUUAUACUCGAUAAUUGUUUUUCGUUCGGUAAAUAUUAAUUAUAAUUUAAUCUAUGUUUAAGCGGAACAUACAAUAAGCAACUGUGGAUUAAUCAAAUACCGUUGGUGAUAAACACCGAACAAUAACAAUUUAGUUACAAACAUAUCGUUAUAUAUUCAUGUGUACUCUAUAUGUACAAAACUGCAAGUUUUAUAAGAAAGGCUCACCACAAAC